UGAAGAGAAAGACGGCCAAUGCCCCGCCCAGUGAGGGUUACGCCCAGAGCGGAAAAGUGCAGUUGCCUAACAGCAUGACAUCACUGCACUGUGCUCUCCCUUCCUGCAAUCUCUAAGACGCUUGUCAGCCCCAGGGAGGAGGAGCAGAGGCCACCUUCAAGGAAGACAGGGGACCUUUUGUUUACAGAAAGGCGGAAGUUGUUUCUAGGUGAGGUGGCAAAGUUUCUAUGGUGUUAUGGAUUGAACUGUGUCUCCCCAAAAUAUAUACUGACUCUGGUACCUGUGACUUUGUCUGGAAAGAGGGUCUUUGAAGAUGUUCAUCAGUGACGUUAACAAGAGGCCAUGCUGGAGCAGGGUGGGUCCUAACCCAUUAUCAUGACUGUCCUUGUGAAAAGAGGAGAAGAGACAGACACACAGGGAGAACAGCACGUGACAAUGGAAUCAGAGAUCAGAGUGUUGCAGCUACCAGCCAAGGAAUGCCAGAGAUCGCCAGCCAUCGCCAGAAGCUAGGAGAGAGAAGUGGAUCAGGUUGCCCCUCAGAGCCCUCAGAAAGAUCAACAUGGCCGACACCCUGAUUUCAGACCCCCAGCCUCCAGAACUGAUGUUCACCGUGACCAGGGCCUUGGAAGAGGCUCUUUUUCAGCACUUCAUAUGCCAGAAGCUGGAGAUCGCCUAUGCCAUACACAAGCCAAUUCCCUUCUUUGAAGACCUCCGAGACAAGUUUUUCAUCACUGAGAGAAUAUACAAGGAAUCUCUGGAAGCCUGUCAAAACUUGGUCCCUGUAUCCAGAGCGGUGCACAACAUCCUUACCCAACUGGAGAGAACGUUUGACCUGUCAUUUCUGAUGACAUUGUUCAGCCCGAUUGACCUGCGCGAAUACCCCAAUCUAAUGACUGUUCUCAGGAGCUUCAAAAGGGGCAAUGAGGUUCCUUGAAUACUUUGGGGGCUAUGUGAAUAGACUGGUUUGUUUCCAACUCUGUGGAAUAUGCACUUCAAUUUCCUCUCUUUGGGAAGGUAUGGACCAUACUCUCUCAUGGGUGUGGCAGGAAGUACAGCCCCUGAUAAUUCUGACCCUGAUUAUCUAUGACAGAUUUCUAGUGGACACAAAUGCUUCUGUCUGAUCUGCUCUAUAAUCUGGGGGAAAUUGUAUAGCUUAGCAUAUGAACAGUCUGUAGGUAGUGCGUAAGAUGACAGAGUGACCUGGGUCUGGCGGAGGACAAGAAGAGCCAGACAGGAAGAGACAUGGAUGGUGACGAAUAAUCAUAAUUAUCAUUUCUUUGAGCACUUACUACGUGCCAGACAUUAUCCCAAGCACUGCAGAUGGUUAUCAUGUGUCAUCUUUCAAACAAUCCUGUGAUGUCAUUACUGUCCCCAUGUUAUGGAUAAGGAAAUCAAAGCUCAGAGCAACUUCCCCAAAGUUACUUGUCUGUUAAGAGGCAGAGCCAGGAGUCAUGAUUGGGUCUCCCAAUGCCAGAGCCCAAAAUUUUAACCACUGUCCUAAACAAGGAUGAGCUGGGAGCCAGAUUGUGAAGCUGAAGGGGGGAAAACAGGAAGCUGAAGAGGAAGAGAAGGGACGUAGAGACAGAAGAGAGGGCAUGAAAGAAGUGGAGUGUGAAGUGCACUGAUUUCAUUGAGAAAGAGCUGGAUAAAUACGGGAGUAGAAAAAAGCAUAAUGGCAGAGCUGGGAAGAAAGAAGCGAGGGUAGGAGGGAAACUAUUUUACCUUUGAGGAAAAACGCUUUGGCCAAAUCACUUGUCUGAGAACCACAGGGGAAGGAUCACCAGAUAUCACAGGAUGGUGACAUUUCCCUUAGAGGAGUCACCAGUGUUGACAACACUUCAUCUGCUCAGUGACAAAUACCAGCAAAAAAGAAAGAAUUGACCUCCAGGCAGGUAGAAGAAUAGGUGACCUGGUUCUCCUGGCAGCACUGGGGGCAAUGACAGAAGAAACUUAAACCUAAAGGCCGUGCUAAACAGGUUCAUGAGCCAGAGGGACCCACAAACUGGAUGUGUCCUUGGCCUGGCUAAACCCAAGUAUUUUCCUGUGUCUGCAGCUCUGUGAUAGGUUCUUCUAUUGGGUCAUUCACUCAUAUCUGACUUGAUGUUCCCUUUUCUGUUCACUAGUUGGGACAACUUUCUUUCUUGAAUAAAUGAUGGAGAGGAAUAAUAAGAGAAACCUUAUACAUGCAGGAGAACAGCAAGUAGAAAGCCAAGGGCCUGGGGUACUGGCAGUAGGGGAGAAGUUUGGUGUGGCCAAUUAUAGAGUGUAAGAAGGGAGCCACAGGCUGCAGAGAUAAACAAACCAGAGUGUAAAAGUUCUCACAUGCCAUGCUAAAGAGUUUUAUCAUCUUUACUCCAGGGAAGUAUGCUGUUUAUUUAUUAAGAGACCUCUAUUAAAAUGAUUGCAAUACAGUAAUUAUCAAAUUUCUGUCUAUGAAAACAAAGUUAAAGAAUAAAAUGAAGAAAAUUAAUUCCUGGGUAAAAAAAAUUCCUGAGUACAAAGUCAAAUUCAGCUAUAUAAAUGAAACCAUUUUGGCAUUAAUUCAGGGGUUCAGUGCAGUUAUGGUAACAUCAAAACCCAAAUAAAAUAAAUAAAAUGGAAAGGGCCAUAGACUGACCAACGAUGGGGAGGAAUCCAGUUCUAUGCACCUAUGAAGGGAGAAGGAUUGUUCCAUACCCUCAUCCGAUUGGAAGUCAUGUAUGAAGAAUUCCCCUUCCCCAAAUUCUGAGUCUCCAGGGUGCUGGUAUGUGCUCAUUCACAAAUCCCAGUUGGCUAUGCCUGCGGAGGAUGGGGCAGAGCCAUGCCAAUCCUAUCUGCAACCCCAGCCAGCCCAGCAGAAGGGAGUUCCAACGUCUGACCCGCACGCCAGGACCUGCUGCCACCGCUUAGCCGUCCUCCCUGUGCACCAAGGGUACACCAGCCUGAGGUCUCCACACAGCAAAGUAGUGAGAUCCUGGGCAAACUGCCCAGUCCUUCUGGCCCUGCCAUGGCUCUCCCUGGAUUCAUCCAGGAAGGAAGGAUCACUCCAGGUG